CGUGAGACUUGUCAGACAAACAUGUUGUUUAAAGUGUUCUGGAGUUUCACACACGUUGUACUCAUAACAAUGACAGUCCUUCAGGAGAUCACAGGAUGGCUCUCAUAUAUAAUGUUUUACGUGCUCUGUGUUGCUUUAAUCGCUUUUGUUGCGUAUUGUCUGUAUGUUAGAUAUAUACAUCAGAAAUACGAUCAUAUACCUGGACCUCCAAGGGACAAUUUUUUACUGGGACAUAUACCGACUUUUAUAAGAGGAACGACAUCGGAAAACGUCAUACACGAAUUAUUUCUGAAAUGGGCAGAAAAAUAUGGUCCUGUCUACAGAAUUAACAGCUUGCAUUUAGUUGUGGUCGUGAUCUAUUGCCCGGAGACUACAAAGACAGUAUUGAUGUCACCGAAGUACCCCAAAGAUCCCACUGUCUACAAGCAACUCUUUUACUUGUUUGGAAAACGGUUCCUGGGAAAUGGACUUGUGACGGCUAUAGAUCAUGAUGUCUGGUACAGGCAACGGCGCAUUAUGGAUCCAGCCUUUAGCAGCUCAUACCUGCGAGGCCUUAUGGGCACGUUUAAUGAGAUGUCAGAACGCCUCAUGGACAAACUGGAGGAAACGGCAGACACGAAAACACCUGUCAUCAUGCACGAUUUGGUCAACUGUGUCACACUCGACGUCAUUGCCAAGGUGGCUUUUGGUGUUGAUUUAAACUUGUUAAAGAAUACUGAUUCCCCCUUCCAGACUGCUAUAGAGCUGUGUUUAAAAGGCAUGGUAUAUUAUCUCAGAGACCCUUUUUUCAAGCUUAACCCCAAGAACUGGAAGAUGGUAAAACAAAUAAAAGAUGCAGCUGAACUCUUGCGUGCAACAGGAGAAAAAUGGAUACAAAACAGGAAGACAGCAGUGGAAAAUGGUGAAGACGUCCCCAAAGACAUCCUCACUCAAAUUCUCAAGACAGCAGAGGAGGAACAAGCAAACAACUCUGAAGAUCAUGAGCUGAUGCUGGACAAUUUUGUCACUUUCUUCAUUGCGGGGCAAGAGACAACAGCCAAUCAGCUCUCGUUUGCAAUCAUGGAAUUAGGCCGACACCCUGAGAUAUAUAAACGAGCUAAAGCAGAGGUGGAUGAAGUGCUCGGGACUAAACAUGAUAUUUUAUAUGAAGACCUUGGAAAACUCAGUUACCUGUCCCAGGUGUUAAAGGAAACGCUGCGUCUCUACCCCCCUGCUCCAGCAACAUCUCGCUGGCUUUCUGAUGACAUGUUUAUAAAUGGACUGAAAGUGCCAGGAGGAUGUGUUGCUGUUUUUAGUUCUUAUGUCUGCGGACGACUGGAAAACUUUUUCAAAGAUUCGCUGAAGUUUGAUCCAGAGAGAUUUGAUGUGAAUGCCCCAAAGCCUUAUUACUGCUACUACCCAUUUGCACUUGGACCGCGUUCUUGUCUUGGGCAGGGCUUCUCACAGAUGGAGGCGAAAGUUGUGCUAGCCAAACUGCUUCAGAGGUUUGAGUUCAGUCUGGUUCCUGGACAGUCUUUUGACAUUAAAGACACAGGAACUCUGCGUCCCAAAAGUGGAGUUAUCUGUACCAUUAAACAUAGCACAUAGAUUAUAUUCUGGGCCUAUGGUGAUCAAUUAUUUUCCAAAGGGGGCCACAGGAUAAAACAGGGAUUUUUUAAAGAAUCUAAUUCUGUUAAAAAAAUUAGUUUUCAUGGACUUAAUUACAGUGUAGCUUUAAGUAUAACUACCACAUGUUUCUCUUAAAGACAUUGUCCAUUGUAUAACCAUAAAACCAUAGUAACAACAAAUUUACCAAUAUUUUACUAUCUAAACCUUAGUUUGAACAUGAUAUUAAAUGAGGUCAUACACAUACUAAUCGAUCAAACAGAAUUACUACAUUAUAAAACCGACUGACAAUAACUACUAUAUUUCAGAUGCAGUUGCUUUUUUAUUAAAACACUUAUAUUUAAAAAUGUGAAACCAGAUGUGUAAUUUAUAGAACAGAUGUCAUAGUAAGAAACAACUUUGAUUUUAUAUACAUUACUUGUGCAAUCUGGUUGAUUUUUAUAUUGUAUAAAAUAAAAUCCAAAAUGUUCGUACUUUUUGUCCACCUCUAUCCGAGGCCCAGGACUUACUGUGUAUUUAACAAUCUAACAAUCAGUAAAAACGAUUAACCUGCAUAAAGUUUUAACAACUCCACAUGCCAUUUUUUAUGUUAAUAUACAGAAGUUAAAUAAUACAAUAGUUUUUCUUCAUGAUUAUAUUGCAUGUACAUUAAAUGUAUUCAUUUACAUUUAGCGAUUUAGCAGAUAGAUUUUAAUGCGGGAGCAUAUAAUAUGUCUAAGUGGUUUUGACAAUGAUGAUUCUUUUCAUUUGAUAGAAUAAAUGCUGUAGUACAAUAAAAAGAAACAAAAUAA